AUGUAUCUAGCUGGAGCAUCUGUUGGUGAGCAACUAACCAUCAUUGGCCUUAUUGUGCCACAAGCCAUGGGCUAUGCAACAGGACAAGAUUUUCGAGGUGUUUCAUCUUCAUUUUGCAAAAUCAGUUCGUUUCUAUAUACUGGUGGUGGUGUUUUUGCUCUCGUGUGUUUAUAUUUGGGUGCUAUUCAUCGUUAUUUACAAACAUGCCGAUCAGUCACUAAACGUCAAUGGAUGACAUUAAUAAAAGCUCGAUUACUAUUUUAUUGUGCAGUCCUUAUAUCAAUCAUUUUGGGAUUACCUUUUGGUAUCUUUCGAAGUGCGAUACCUAGCAGCAAAACGUGUGAUUGUAUCAAUGCGACAUUUGCUCAUUUUUCGUUCUAUUUUUAUGCAAUAGUUGGUACUGUAUCGCCGAUAGUACUUUGGAGUAGUUUCGGGUAUCUCACUUGGCGAAAUGUUCGACAAACUCGACUACGCCAAGUUCUAUAUCGAACCUCCAAUGGUAUUGCUCAACAAGUAACUCGAAUGAUUGUGAUUCAAACAACAACUAUUGUCGUCUCAAUAUUACCAGGUGCAGCCUUAAAUCUUUAUGCUGUUUUGAUGCAGAAAGAUUCUCUAUUGAACACACCUAUAGAGCAAUUCAUUCUUACUAUUACACAGAUUUUGGUUUAUACAGAUUCUUGUACUGCAUUCUACUUGUAUUUAAUCGUCUCACCAACUUUUCGACGGAGUGUGAAAGAAAUGUUACGAUUUAGACCACGUUGUGUAGCUUCUGUUACUUAG